UCCGCCACUCGUCACCCAACUCAGCUGACUCGCUGUAAGGGGGAACAAGUGAAGUAUAUGGAAACCCUGCAUUUAAGUUGUGGAGAGCACAUUGAUCUUUUCCCCGUUUUGGAGAUAGAAUGUGGGAAGAUAAAUUGGACGAGAGAGAGCCAGAGAUGGUGUGCAAAACUGGAGCUGAAGGUCAUGAAGAAGAUGAUGCUCUGCAUAAAGUUUUUUCUUGUCAGAAAGAUGAAGGUGGUUACAUGCUGAGAAGCAUUUUUCAAGUGCUAAAGAAGAUCGACUUUAGGGCAGACGAGAAAUCACGUACUCAUAAAGCUGCAUAAGCGCAAACUCUAGCUAGGAUGGCCCUGAAUGUGAUGUCCCCGGGAUUCGAAAUCGGAUGCAACCUGAAAUUUCAGCAGAGAUGGGAGUUCAGGAAUGGCAACGACGACUUGUCGAGCGACGACGACAAGUCCAAUUCGAGCCGUCAUCGAGCAUCAGAGAAGAACGAACUGGUCCACGAACAGAUCUCUCUAGGAGAUGACGAGUCCAGCUAUUCUAGGAGGCCUCAGGAGAAAGAACAAGCGGUGUGCCCUGAUGGAACAGAUCAGGCCAAUGAGAAAACCAAGAAGGUGAAAACUAGGCGUAAGAAGGAUAAUUCAGUAAGGGAAACAAAGAAGAGGCUAGCCAAUACCGGAGCCAGUACUAAGAAGCGAAAAGGCAUUGCUUAUGAUCCUUCCAUUGUGAGCGAGCUUCGAGCAUUCACAAAGUCAGUAGUGCAGGAGCUCGAAGAUGAAAGGAUAAAGAUGGCUGCGUGGAUGAGGGAGGAGAUCGACAAGAUGGUGUCUGGAGACGCUUCAGCGCGCACAUCGAGGAAGGACGGCACUUGCAGCGGAGACAAGACCGAACCAGCACUGAGCCAUGACCACGCGGAGAACGAUCAGAACCAGCAUAGGAAGAGCUCUGCAAAGGGUGUUGUCCUGGCUCUUCAAAGCGAGAGGCAUAAGACUCGGACGCACCGUGGACGAAACAAAAGAGAGGAAUUGCAAUCGCAGCAUCAGAACAGCAUCGAGGAGAAUGUGAAGAUGAGGGGUCGGACUCGUGUCAAUGAUGAUGCCGGAGCACAGAAGCUGAAGCCGACCAAGAAAAGGCAAAGCAAGGGCAGGGAUUCCGCGCAACCAGCCAAAAGGAAAAAGGGGUUGGAUCCCUCAACUUGUCCUAGACCAGCUGAAAAUCACGUAAGCAAUGGUCGUGGUUCGAAAUCGACGACCAACGACAAAGAAGUCCCGGGAACUAACCAGCCGAUACAAUCUUCUGAUCCCUCGAAGAGCAAUCUCCAACUCCAGCCGAGCAAACUUGACCUGAGCAAGGGUGCUCUGGAUUGGAACAUUGGGUUCCUGGAGAGACCUUUAGCAAGCAAAAUCGCACCUGACUCGAGCAAUCGCCAGGUGACUCCCGAUAAUCGAGCCAAUUGCAGGACAGUCGAAAAGGAGAACGGGCAAAACUCGGGCUUCCUUUCGCAGAUCAGCAGCUUGUCCGAUCACUCGAAUCCCACAGGUUCUCCAAUAUGCUCGAUGUUCCCUACCAUCUCGAAAGUCGAUGCUCUGAGCGAAAACUGCAUGCUCAGGAUCAAUCCUGUCCAGUCGAGAUUCUCUCAAAGAGAGGCCCUGAAUCCAGCAGGAAGACUCGGGAGCCUUGCUCAGGCAUGUCCUAGAAAAGAAAGCUCUUCAAACCGCGGCGGCGCCUCCGAACCGACCACGCAGGCUAGGCUUCCCAUGACACUCUAUCAGGGCAUGGAUGUGAGCUUCGGUAACGACCAGCUUUCGAGCUUGGAGAACUUGCUCCGUGCGAACGAGAGCGCGCUAGGACUGAGACUGAGCGGUGGAGCGAUGUGGAGCAACAGGCACGGUUUUUCGGAAUAUCACGUUCCUAACAACUUCCUCGGCCUCAUGCGUCCUAGCUCGGACGGUCGGCUCGCCGCAUUUCAGAGCCCAGAUCCUAAAGGAGGUUGUUAAUUCCCACACGAUGGAAAUUUGUUCUUUCACGAAGCAGAAGUAUUGAUGAAUAACAACUUCAAUCUACAAGUCAAGAGACAUUUGGUUUU